AAAAGCCUUGGAUGACAUAACUGUUAUUUUGGGUAGAAAUAGGGGCCAUUUCAGGGAUAUGUCUUAUAAAGCUGAGGCCCUCAACCCCUUCCCCGUAACCGACGCAGAACCGAAUUCGUCGCCUCCUCCUUGCGGCUCAGUGAUAGGUCUCCUUCAACAACCACUACAAGAAGCAGUCGUUGGACUUAGAUCAGCCCCGUGGAAAUGGCUGAGGACGGUCACAAGGUAACACUGAACGUGUAUGAUCUAAGCAAAGGACUUGCACGUCAGCUUUCAACCACCUUUUUGGGGAAAGCUAUAGAAGCGAUAUGGCACACAGGGGUGGUUGUUUAUGGAACUGAAUAUUAUUUUGGUGGAGGUAUUCAGAGAGACCGUGCCGGUACGACUCCUUAUGGGACGCCAAUGAAAGUAAUUGAUUUGGGUGUGACUCAUGUGCCCAAGGACUUAUUUGAGCAGUAUCUGGAAGAUAUAAGCCCCCGUUACACGGCCGAAACGUACAACUUGUUAUACCACAACUGCAAUAACUUCAGCAACGAAGUGGCCCAGUUCUUGGUCGGCGUUACGAUUCCUGAUUACAUUCUUCAGCUUCCUAACGAAGUGAUGAGCAGCCCAAUGGGCGCAUUGAUCAUGCCGAUGAUUCAAAGGUUAGAGAUGACAUUGAGAUCUGGAAGCGUACCACAGGCUCCGCAGUUCGUGCCAUCAGGUGCACCUGCUGAACCCGCUGUGGAAUCAAUGAGUCAGAAGACUGGUGGAAGUCCGGCUAAAAGUACUGUGCGCAGUACCACCGCUACCUCCAGUAACAUGGAAGGCUCAGCAAGUUCGGCUGAAAGGUCGGCUCCGGUAACUGCUACCGUUGGUUCACCACGAUCCACAAAAACUGAGAAAACAGAUGCCGGAAUUGGCAAUGGAGCUGCCACGGACGCCAUGAUGGAAGCACGCAGAAGGGUUCAGGAAGAGAUCACCAGAGAAUUCUCAGCUCUAAUGGCUGCUGGAAACUUGAGGGCAAGUGAAGCCGCAGCUCUUGCGACAAGGAAGGUGAUGGAGAGACAUGGCAUGCUGAAUGCGUCAGCUAUGUCACUGGGCUAAAAGUACGGACGCCUGUUUUCUGACUCACCCAAAACGAUCCAAAGUUUUCUACCUCGCUUAACCCCGAUUCACGUCUUCUGUAUGAUUUUCCCCUUACCAUUAUACCUUGUUUCUUCUUUACGUCAUGUUGCCAAAAUCUUUCUUCAUGAUGCUAAAACGAUAAUUGAGACAUUCUCAACCCUCUGAUGCAUACUGUAAUUGCUAAUUUGAUGUUGGAUGCUUUGUCAA